AUGAAUGAAAAUUCUAGUGUUCAAUCUGUCGCUUUUGACGUUGGUGUAAGCUUCACACCACAGACGUCAAUGGAUGUUAUUUUAAACCUCAUUACGGAAGGUACUCUUUCCCAGCAAGACGUCUACAUCCGGUGUAUUCUUCUUCCGGUGUUGGGAUUUUGUGGCCUGUUGGGCAACUUUCUGAACAUUGUCAUCCUGACUCACCACGGGUUCAGAGAGUCGACCAACAUCAUCCUGGUGUCCCUGUCUGUGUCUGACUUCUGCUUUUCUCUCACGCAGAUCUUGCGCCGCAUACGGUGUGUGGUCCAGAUGUUUGACUUCUUCUUAGGCGUGACUGUAGAGACGUUCCUAGAGGUCUACAUCAUCCCCAUCAACACGCUCAUGCUAGUGGUCAGCCUGUGUCACGUGACUUUAAUCUCCAUCGAGAGGAUGAUAGCCGUCUGCUUUCCCUUUCACGUUGCGAGGAUAGUCCGGAAGGGGCGAGUCCUAGUGGUGGUCCUCUUUCUGUACGCGUACCCCACCUUAAUGGGUUUCCCAAACCUGUUCAGAUUCACCUUCCAGUGGAUUUACGUCCCUGAUGUCAACGUUACGGUCGCUAUGGUGAGGAUGACCCAGCUCUUGACUGACCACUUUGACGUCAUUCUGAUGUACGGGACGGUCGUCUUCAACAACUUAUUCUCCACCGUCACUCUCGCUUCCAUACUAACCUGUUCAAUCAUCAUCGUGCUGCGCCUGUUGACCUCAAGGCUAGGGCGGGCCAGAAAAAAAGUCGCCUUGGGGACCAAGACAAAAGAGCUGAAGGCGGUGAAGAUGUUGCUGGCUGUCUGCCUUGCAUGCCUGAUCGUCUGCAUACCUACAGCAGUCCUGGACAUGUUUGUACUCUACAUUAACUCCAUUCAGGACACUCGACCGUUAUACCACAUCGGUCAGACGGUGAACGACGUGCUCUAUCAGGUCAACGCAUGCCUCAACUUCUUCAUCUACGUCACUAUGAGCUCCAAGUUUGCUAAAACGUAUAACAUGCUGUUUUGUCACCUUUCUUUCUCCCGCUCCAAGGCCGUGUCAACAGAAGCAUUGUACCAUUAUACAAAAUAG